ACCUCAUCGCGAGCUUCUUCACUCUUUGUUCAUAGAUUAUAGCAGAACCCCCCUCCCUUUCUUUAUAUAUCUUCUCCCUCUUUAUGUAUACUUUUAACUCUCUUCCUCUCUCUACAACGCUCUCUCUUUCCACCUUCUCGAUUGCUGGAAAUCAGAAACCCUAUUUUUUUUCCCUCUGAAGGAUUUAUUAGACUGGUUGAAGUAGAUAAAAUGAUGGCUGAUGGAGCACCGGUCGAUGCAAGGGAGGAAAUUCCCGAGCUUGCCCCAUUUGAUCCUACUAAGAAGAAGAAAAAGAAGAAGGCUGCAGUCCAAGACCCCACAGAAGAGGCCGAUAAACUUGCUGAGAAAACAGAAAACCUUUCAGUGGCUGAUGGACCUGAGACCUCAUUUGCUGGCAUGAAGAAAAAGAAGAAGAAACCCGUAGAGACCGACCUCAAUGAGGACAAUGGAGAUGCAGGCGAUGAUAUUAAUGGUGAUGAUGUUGGGGAGGAUGAAGAAGGAGAAGGCAUUGUCCUGCAAGGUCGGUAUCCUUGGGAAGGUACUGACCGUGAUUAUAAAUAUGAAGAGCUUCUUGAUAGAGUGUUCAACAUCUUGCGUGAGAAUAAUCCAGAGCUUGCUGGGGAUAGGCGAAGGACAGUGAUGAGGCCUCCCCAGGUUCUUCGGGAAGGAACCAAGAAGACAGUGUUUGUGAAUUUCAUGGAUCUAUGCAAGACGAUGCAUAGGCAGCCCGACCAUGUCAUGACCUUUUUACUUGCUGAAAUGGGAACCAGUGGAUCACUUGAUGGUCAACAACGUCUUGUUGUUAAGGGGCGAUUUGCCCCUAAAAACUUUGAGGGGAUAUUACGAAGAUAUGUCAAUGAAUAUGUUAUGUGCAAUGGUUGCAAGAGCCCAGACACUAUCCUUUCCAAGGAAAACCGACUAUUCUUUCUUCGAUGCGAACAGUGUGGGUGCUCGCGUUCUGUUGCCCCAAUCAAAGCUGGUUUUGUUGCACGUGUUGGGCGCCGCAAAGCUGGAACCUGAUUUCCAAACCCUCAUAGGUUCUUUUUUGCUGAUUUUGUUUGUGAAUUUAAAUGAUAGCGAACUCUUUUGGCAUGUGUACUCUAUUUGAUUGUGUACUUUGUGACUUUAAGUCUGAAGGUCUCUUUGGCCAAGAAACUUUUAAAGAAAAUAUGGUUCCCUCGGUUAUUUAUAACUUCUAUGGAAAAGGAAUUUUUUGGUUAGGCAAAUGAGAAUGCAUACAAUUUUUUUCGUUUUUCU